CCCUUUCUGCCCACCUGAGAAACUACACCGUGGAAGCGGCUCUAUUCCCGGAAGUUGGCCGCAUUUUUUUUUUAUCGAUCUGGUUGUGUAUGGCGAAGAAGAUUUACACUCAGUUGUUCUAACCCAUACGGAGGAGGAAAGUCAUGAGGCUGUUUGGUGACAUGCUGGUUCUUUUUGGACUGGUUCACUGGCCGCUGUGGAUCAUCUCAAUCUCAGGAGGUCAAGCACUUUCCAUACUUCUUUACAGCAAUUCAACCAUACAUAUAAAUAAGACAACGAUUUUGCCAAUAAAAUGUGAAGUGUGUAUCGGAAAGUCGUGCAAGUCCUCUAUGACGCUCAGUAAAAGCAUGGAGGUGGUCUUCAACUGUCCACAACCAGAAAAAGCCUUCAUGGUGGAGAUUGUUCAGCACAUUGUAUGUGCCAGUACGUGUAAUGGUACAAUCAUUGCAGAGGACUACCCUUCUCUCCAAAACUUUAACCGCACCUUUACCUGGAAUGUGAAAGUCCAGGGACACAAGUCUUUUGGCUUGGACUUCACCAAAGCAGGUUUAAGACAGAUCCAACCUACAGAGCAAUGUCAAGACAAACACAUCUACACAGUGUCUACAGCCACAGCCACAGUUGGGAAGUUUUGUCGUCAGGGCACAAUCAAAAGCAUGCAGGUGCUUCGGGAAGGCAUUGUGUCUUUGCAGGUUCCUGGAAAACAACAGCUGAACGCAGCGAACUAUGGUGUAUCGAUAGGAUCGCAAAUAACAUCACCUGCGAUUAUCAACGUCACCCUGCCAGAGGAGCCAUCGUCCCAGGAAUUCUUUUCACCAAACUACCCAGGGAGCUUUCCUGAUGAUGGUCUAAUCACAUGGGCCUUCCAAGUUUCAAACAAGGUCUAUUCAUCAGUGCACAUACUGAACUACACUGAGCCCAUAUGUGAUACAAAGGAUACACGAAUGGAGUACCAGCUACAUAGCAAGACCUUUGUGAAAAAACUGAGUGAGGCACAGCUAUCUGAGCACCAGGGCUCGUUCAAUCUUUCACUGCAAAACUGUAAUGUAGACACACAAUCCUCCUCCACUAGUCUCACUCUGCAUUUCAAAAUAUCUGCCAUCCGGAGAGGCAGUGAAGUGCGCUGUACUGUGGAUCUGAAGAGGGAAAAGGCACUACAGAUACUCAUAAUGAAAAAGAAACCCAAAUCGGAUUGUAUUUUAAAACUGAAUUCAUUGGCACAGCAGACAGCUACCAUUACUGCAGAAAAGAUCUCUUUUGUAUCUUUUAUCGACUGCAAGGAGGAGGACCUGAUCAUCACUAUUAACAAAACUAUAAAAUGUCAGCAGCUGAGAGACUGCCCAUCCCCUGGAUCUCUACGGGUGCCUUCACUAGAGAAAUGCAUCAUGGGAGUUGUGCAAGAGGUCCAAUGGCACCUGUAUGGCCCACAGCAUGGCGCAGUGGAGCUGUUGUCAUCAGCGGGCAGCCUGCAGCAGUCUGUGCCUGGCCACACAUGCAACAACACUGUACUUCUGACUGUGUCAGAAUAUGAGCCCCAAGGCGUCACUGUUGGACAGUUUUGUCCUCAGGGAGCUAUUCACAAGAUCCAAAUCAAUGUUGCAAACAUUACAGUGAGUGCUUCUCCUGCAGGAGGCAAGAGUUUAAGGCGGAUCACAGACUCCCUCUUACAAGUUUCAUUUAUUAAAUCGAUAAAAGAGCACUACAUUUUCACUGUCUUGCCAAAAAAGGAUAUACCAGUGCUCUUAGCAACUCCAGCAUGGCCAUUGGGAAUGAAGGAUUAUGCCACUGUCUCUUGGUUUGUCUCAUUCCCUGCACAGCUUGAGGCUAAUGUGAGCUUUCCCAAUGUUAGCCAGCUCACAUGUAAGAAUCGCCCCGCAUACAUUAAAUUGCACAGGCAACGAUCACAAGACAAGAUGUACAGCUGGCAAGAUCAAAAUCCUAAGAAUGUGGUUCUGUCAGAAAGUUUUUACCUCAACAUGUCCAACUGCUUGCCAUUGAAAGGAGGCUUUAGCGUGGUCAGCCAGGUCACCUUGCACACAGGCAAAAGUGUGCUUUUGAGCAUCAUCCUGAGUGUUGUCAGUGUUGUUUUGCUGCUGAUUGCAAUCACUUUAGCUGUGUUUUGUAUAAGAAGAAAAAAGAAGCAGAGGGCUCCUGAGGUCGCAGUGUACAAUCCCAAUGGCCAUUCCUUCCUACCAGGCACUAACAGGAUUCCACAGGAAACGGAGGAUGAAGAUUUUCACAUUUAUAAUUACAUAGAUGACCACAUGGUAUAUGGGCAUCUUUUGAAAGACUCAGUGGAAAUGAAUGAGGUUGGAAAGCCAGCUGUAGGUGUGUACCGGAGCUUCACUGGACCUAUAGAACAGCAGCCUUUAACAGAGAAUGGAGGAUGUGAGGAGCCAGAGGUAGGGGUCUACAGGCCUUUCAUUGGGCAUCAGAGAUUUUCUGAUAUGCCUGAUAGACCUGUAACUUCAGAAGAGAAUCUGGCAUGUAAAGACAAGCAAAAAGCAGAUGAGGAAAUCAUAGGAGGUGACGCCAUUCAGCAACAGGAAACUGUGCCAAACAUUCAGAAAGUAGUGAAAACAGAGGAAGAACAGGAUUAAUAAGAAUUUCUGGAGAGUUUUUAAUUACUGUAAAUCUUGUAAUGCACUGGAAGCAAACAUAGAGAGGACCAUGUCUAUUUUUUAACUACUUUGUCUCUUUGUGUACUGUGUAGCCCGUUUGACUAAAUAUGUGCCUUGAAUCAUCUCUGCUUGUUAUUACCACAAAAUGCUGAAUUGAUUUAAAAUACAUGUAAAGACACUGAUGAAAAUGUAUCACUUUUAACAAUUUAUUUUGUGCGACAUAAUAGAAGCGUUGUGAUGAAUGCGGUAGUGUUACUACCACCUUUUUUACAGGUUAAAAAAAAUGUUUUGUCACAUAUGACGCAUAUAAAGUGCACCCUAGGUGCUAAAUUAGCUUAUAUGUGUAAAGGGAGUUUAGAGACCAAAAUGCUCCAUUUAAGUAAGUUACAUAAAUAGGAAUAUUUAUUUUUAAGUUUAGAUGAUGUCAGUAUUACGCCAGAUAAUUUACACAUCUGGCGCAAGUGUGUCGUAAUGUUAUUUGGAAGCAACAAGAGCCAUAUUAUGUAACUCUUAAUAAAACAUGUUUUAUUAGA